AUGUUUGCCCAGCUUACAUUUGUUCUCGCUUGUCUCUCGGCGAGCGUAAGAUGCGACGAAGGACUCUCCGAAAAAGAGGUGCUGUCAUUUGUGAUAGCUACUUGCGCGGAGAAGGAGAUGAUGUGUCCGAAAGAAGGUAAUACCAUUCAACUCAUUUUCCUUUAAACGUUUCAUUUUUCAGAGUAUGCGCGAUAUUCUGCGGAAGGAUGGACUUGGAACGUGAAAGGGGUGCUCGCGUCAUCGGCGCUAGAUACGCUGAGGAAAGGAGACAUGACACUCGAGUCCUCUGUCAGAUACGCUCGCGUUAGUUUACAGUAUUCUUGAUCUCUAAAAUGAAAUCGGUUUCAGGAAAAAUUCUGCUGCGUGCGAGGGUCUUGCCUAAAGCGUUGCGGAAUAUCGGUGGUAUCGGAGAUUGACUUGGUUCGGAAUUUUCCGAAAAACGUCAACCAAAUAUUUGCACUACACAUCGAAGAUUUGGAGGUAAGACACCCACACACCCUAUAUGCUGUUUUUAAUUGAUAACUUUACAGAAAGUCCGCCCUGCCGUCCUUGAAUGGAUCGAAGACUACAAACUUGGACUCGUUCGGAAGCCGUACCCGGAGGAGGUCGAGGUCUAUUUCGAUCUUCUCAAUCUGCAUCACGCAGAAAUACUGAGGAGACUGAGACUGAGGAGAGAACGAGCGUGA